AUGCCGCGCUCCUUCCUGGUGAGAGCGCACUCCAGCCACAGGGUUCCCAACUACAGGCAGCUGGAGACGCAGAGAGAAGUCAAUGGUGCCCGUUCUGCCUGCAGGGGCCUGGUGGUGCCCGUGCUCCUCCCAGAGAAGUCGGCCUCUCCCACACCUGCUGACCCUCCCCGGCCCUGGGAGCGCACCUCCGUCAUCGCCCGCAUCUCCCUGCCCCUUCCCUGCCACGAGGAAGCGCAGGGGGCCCCCGGGCCAGACCCCCUGCAGGUUGGCCCGGUGCACCUUUGGGCCAGCCGGGCCCCCAGCGUACCCCUCAAAGAUAGCCUGAACCAGCUUAACCUGCCCCCGCUGCUGGUGCUGCCCACACGGUGGCCCCCGAUCCCGGGCCCCGCUGGGGGCCCCGCCGCAGAUGGCCCGCUGGGUGCGGCACGGGCCCCCGGCGGCUUCCAGUGCGUGCACUGCGGCAAGCCCUACCACACGCCGGCCGGGCUGGCCAGGCACCGGGAGCCGCACUGCCAGCUGCAGGCACAGCGCUGCUUCUCCUGCAAACACUGUGACAAGGAGUACAGCAGCUUGGGCGCCCUCAAGAUGCACCUGCGCACGCACACGCUGCCCUGCCCCUGCGCCAUCUGCGGCAAGGCCUUCUCCCGGCCCUGGCUGCUCCAGGGCCACAUGCGCACCCACACAGGUGAGAAGCCCUACAGCUGUCCUCACUGUAGCAGGGCCUUCGCCGACCGCUCCAAUCUCCGGGCCCACCUGCAGACGCACUCCGACACCAAGAAGUACCAGUGCGCGACCUGUGCCAAGACCUUCUCCCGCAUGUCGCUCCUGGCGCGUCACCAGGAGUCCGGCUGCUGCCCCGGCCCCUGA